AGUUCAUCCACUGCCACACCAACAGUCGCCAAAACUGUUCAAAAUACAUUCAUCUCACAACCUACCGAAGACGACCCUGUUAUCGGCCAAGUGACCCUGAGUGGAAGAUUCACGUGCCUAAGCAAAACAUGUCGUGACGACGAAACCCUCACAUUCAAUCGCCACGCCGACUUCAAACGGCAUUACACCAACAUGCACGCGAGAAAAUUGACGGAAUACUUUUGUCCAGAAAAAGGAUGCCAUCGCUCAAGGCAUCCCGCCGAUGGGAAGAAAGGGCGAAGUUUCAAGGGACGAAGGGAUAAGAUGAAAGAGCAUAUGAAGACGGUGCAUGAUAAUCGUGCUAGGAAAAGGAGGAGGGCUGACGAGAGCCAAGAAAAAGAUGAAGAUGAGGACCCUUUGGGGAGUGGUGGUGAUGAGAAGUUGGGGUUCGAACGGUAA